GUUCUGUAUAAAGAGAAUACUGGAGGUUGCUGCUUUAAUGUUUUUAUAUAACACAUCAAACUUACUGAUAUUAACUUUGGAGAAGAUCAUCUUCUACGAUGACAGAAACGUCCAGGGUCGAUUCCACGAGUGCGACAAUGACUCCAGCGACUGGUACACGUGCUUCCGCCGCUGCAGCUCCAGCAGAGUGGAGGGGGGAUUCUGGGUAAUCUACGAGAGCCCAAGUUACCGGGGCUACCAGUAUGUGCUGGCUGGGCAUCGACGACACCAUCAGGUCCUGUCGCAUUGGCUGCAACACAUCCUCAUACCGAAACGACAGAAUAGGUUGAUUGUGAAUGACAAAACGACAUAUACGGCCGCUGGAAAGUACCAGCGACAGGCGUACCGCUGAAGUACGUUAUAUGAUUCGCAUUUUUAA